CCCGCCCGGCCCCCUCCCCGGCUGUAUUUAGCGGCGCCGCGGAUCACGCGGAGCCCGCGGCGGCGACAUGGCCGCCGCCAGCACGGAGCCGCCGAGGCUGAAGCAGCUGCUGGAGCGGGACCCUUACCUGGAGCCCUUCCGGACGGACUUCCAGCGCAGGUAUUCUCUGUUUUAUAACCACUUGAAGAACAUUGAGGAAAGUGAAGGUGGCCUUGAUAAAUUUACCAAAAGUUACAAAACCUUUGGAGUGAACCAACUUGCAGAUGGUGGAAUAUACUGCAAAGAGUGGGCACCAGGAGCAGAAGCAGUGUUUCUUGCAGGUGACUUCAAUGGCUGGAAUCCAUCUUCUCAUCCAUAUAAGAAGUUGGAAUAUGGCAAGUGGGAGUUGUUCAUGCCUCCUGAAGAUGGCCAAUCUCCUGUGCCCCAUGGUUCAAAGCUAAAGGUGGUGAUUCGUGCUCAGAACGGCGCCCUCCUCUAUCGUAUUUCACCCUGGGCAAGAUAUGUGGUCCGUGAUGAAGACAAAGUGAAUUAUGAUUGGGUUCACUGGAAUCCACCACAGUCAUAUAUACAUAAGAAUCCUUCUCCCAAGCGAUUAAAAAGCCUAAGAAUCUAUGAAUCUCAUGUGGGAAUUGCUUCCCCAGAAGGCAAAGUAGCUUCUUAUAAAAACUUCACAUACAAUGUACUGCCUAGAAUAAAGGAUCUUGGCUAUAACUGUGUCCAGCUGAUGGCCAUUAUGGAACAUGCAUACUAUGCCAGUUUUGGUUAUCAGGUCACAAGUUUCUUUGCAGCAUCAAGCCGGUAUGGAACUCCUGACGACCUGAAGGAAAUGAUUGAUGUUGCUCACUCCAUGGGCAUCACAGUCCUGCUGGAUGUGGUGCACAGCCACGCCUCAAAAAACUCAGAAGAUGGUCUCAACCAGUUUGAUGGUACAGAUUCUUGUUUCUUCCAUUCUGGAUAUAGAGGCAAUCACCAGCUCUGGGACAGCAGGCUCUUUGACUAUGCAAACUGGGAAGUCCUGAGAUUCCUUCUGUCUAAUUUGAGGAUGUGGAUUGAAGACUAUCGCUUCGAUGGAUUCCGGUUUGACGGCGUUACGUCUAUGUUGUAUCACCACCACGGCAUUGGCACAGGGUUCAGUGGAGAUUACAAUGAGUAUUUUGGCCUACAUGUGGAUGAAGAUGCUUUGUGUUACCUGAUGCUGGCCAAUCACAUGAUUAAUACCUUGCACCCAGAAUGCAUAACCAUAGCAGAGGAUGUUUCUGGAAUGCCAGCUCUCUGUCGGCCUGUGGCAGAGGGAGGAGGGGGCUUUGAUUAUCGACUUGCCAUGGCCAUUCCAGAUAAGUGGAUACAGAUAAUUAAGGAGCUGAAAGAUGAAGACUGGAAUAUGGGCAAUAUUGUGCAUACAUUGACAAACAGACGGUGUGAAGAAAAAUACAUUGCUUAUGCAGAGAGUCACGACCAGGCACUGGUUGGUGAUAAGACCCUGGCCUUUCGCCUGAUGGAUGCGGAGAUGUACACAAACAUGAGUGUGCUCAUGCCUCUGACACCAGUUAUUGAUCGUGGGAUCCAGCUUCAUAAAAUGAUUCGUCUCAUUACUCAUGCACUCGGAGGAGAGAGCUAUCUGAACUUCAUGGGUAAUGAAUUUGGACAUCCAGAAUGGCUUGACUUCCCCAGAAUAGGGAAUAAUGAGAGCUACCACUAUGCCAGAAGACAGUUUAAUCUUACUGAGGAUGAUCUUCUUCGCUAUAAAUUCCUAAAUGCCUUUGAUAGAGAUAUGAAUAAAUUGGAGGAAAGAUUUGGCUGGCUUGCAUCUCCCCAGGCCUAUGUGAGUGAAAAGCAUGAAUCCAAUAAGGUCAUAGCAUUUGAGAGAGCAGGUCUUAUUUUUAUUUUCAACUUCCAUCCAUACCAAAGUUAUGUGGACUACAGAGUGGGUAUUGAAACUCCAGGAAAGUAUAAAAUCCUUCUUGAUUCUGAUGCUGGAGAAUAUGGAGGGCAUCAAAGGCUGGACCACAAUACAGAGUACUUCUCUGAGCAAUAUCCUCACAAUUAUCGGCCUAAUUCAAUUAUGGUGUACAUUCCAAGCAGAGUUGCUCUUGUGCUUCACAACGUGGACAUCCCAAAGUGAAGUUCUCUGUAACCCCCACAGAAGAAGCAAGUCACAAAGUGCUGAUACACUAUACUAGUACUAAGUAUAACAAAACUUGCUCUAAGGAGGCUUUCUGAGGCUGAGUAUAGUAAUAGUAGGUGUUUAAAUGUAAGAUUAAUAUUCACAUGUAAUUGCAGAGCUCUUGACUUGCUAGACCCUCUUUUAAGGAAGCUUUACAAAGAGGCAGAAAGGAAAAUGUUGGGUUUGUAGUUCUAGUAGUGCAAAAUUACACUUAAGGUGUUGCAAAGCAGCAGGUAUUCUCAAUUAAAUUGUUGUUUACAGAAUUUUAUCAGGAAUGGUAAGAGUGAGCCUGCUCCAAAGUUUAUAAUUUCUUAUAAUCCUCAUUUUGAUAGUGAAUUCAAAUAUUCAUUAUGUAUUAGUGCUUCUUACUAAAAGUAAGUAGUUUGCUUAAAUAAAACAGAAGUUUUUGGCUAAAAGGCAGCCUUAAUGGUUUGUGGGACCUAAUUUGAGGCUCCUGUUCUUCAAUGAAGUCUAACAUGGAAUUAGAAAUGCUUAUCCAAAUGGAUGAGAAGGUCCUCUGAGAGUCUUGUACUUUGCCAUGUUUUGUUUAAUUAUGAAUGCACAAAAAUUCUGGGCAGCAAAACGAGCAGGCCGAUUGAGUGGGGGCCUGCUGAUGCUGUUGUGUGUGCUGGUUGUCUGCUCCCACCCAAAUCACUUAGUCUGAGCAUCUCACUUGCUAGAGAUGGACAAAAAUGACACAACUAUUUUAUUUAGAUCACUAAAAUGUUUAGUGAGAAGCAUGUUUUGGUCUUAAUGCAACAAUACCACGCUGGAAGAGGUACUUAAAGUGUAGUUCUUCCCACUGCAGAUAUUUCACUAACAUCAGGACCUUGCAAUACUGAUUUCACUACUUGCAGGAGCUGCCUUUCAGCUUGGAACAUGAUGAUGUUCUUGCACUUUUAUAACUUUUGAAACAUUGCUUCUCAUGAAGAAGCAGUCUCAAAAUUCAGUGAUCAAACUAAGGUGGUUCUUUUUGAUUAAAAUUAAGAUAGUUAAUUAUUGGAGUGCUGCUAAGAUAAUUCAAGUGAGUUUAUUCACAAGCUACAACUUUUUUGUAAAGAGUAAGAUUUUGUAUAUUUGAAAAUGUAUUGCAUUCUGGAAAAUUAAUACCAAAUUAAUGAGACAUGCUUUAUUUUGUUCCAUUUAUUUAAAAACAUAUUUGAAUUGGUUCUGAAAUGAAUGUCUUUUGUACCAAUCUGAAUUUUCUAACUUUUAAAGUAGCCAAAGAGGAAGAUGUCCGUGACCAUUUCCAAGUCAUAAUUUUACCCAGUUUCCUUUGUGAACCAUUGUGUAAACUACUGAAUAGUUGGUGCCAACAUUGACAAUCUAUUCACAGUUCUUGGAAUGCUUACUUGUGGCUUACUUCUUAAGCAAAAUAAGGGAUGGAAUAAUGCAGCAUGAUGGAAAACAGUUUUUUGCAGAGUUCACACUGAAAGGGCUUUGUGAACAUCCCCAGUCUGAUAUGUUCUGUGUGGCAGAGAAUGUUAUAUUGCAGUUGAGUACCACAGGAUCAUGCUACAUUUUCCUCUACACCAGUUUGAUCAUUGUUUGGUUGUGGGCUAAUAAAAGCAUUCCUGUUAUGCUAUGACUUUAAAUAAAAUAUACUGAACUGUUUUAGCAACUGGAACUGAUUAUCUUUUUUUUUUCCCCAGAUUGUUUUCCUUCUAAUACAGAGCAAAUUCUAAAAGGUGUUAUAUUUACACUUUAUUGAUCUAAUAUGUUUAUAGGGUGGUUUGUUUUUUUUUUUAAUUUUAUUUUACUGGCACAAUUCCAGGUUUCAAAAUGUAAUGGUACACGUCUGUGUCAAACCUUUCUUCAAAAGAAGGAAUAAAUGUAUGAUGUGAAGUAUAAACUGUAAAAUCACAUGCAAAAUAAACUCUGAGGAGGAGAAAACAAAUGCAUAUAUGGUUUCAUUCCUUGCAUUGUAAAAUGAUUUUACAGCAGUCUUAACACUGAAAGACAGAUUGGAUUUUGUUCCAUCCUAAAAUCAGGGACUUGUCUUGGUCAGAAGCAUUCAUAAUGAGAUUGGUAGAAUAUUUGACCUAUUCAUAUUUCCUUUAACAUAAUGAUAGAUUAAUAAAAGUGAACAACAAAAUUUGCAAGGUGAACAUGUAAACACAGAAAGCAUAAAAAUUAGGGCUUUUUGGAGCCCAUCUCUGCAUUUUAAUGGUGAGUGUGCUACUGCCUGUCUUGCAAGACUGGGAAAUUUUCCCUUUCAACAC